ACAAAGCGCCAUUAACUAUUGGAGUGCUGUUAUUAUUCAUUUCAUCUCGAGCAUGAAUUAAAGCAAUACGUCUGUCCUUUCAUAAACUUUGUGAUAAACUACGACAACUAAACAGCCUUUCACGCACUUGUUACAUAAUAUAACAAACUAGCAUAACUGUCAAUGACUGCAAAAAUAAACGUUCAGUAUGUAGUCUGUUGUUUUGUUUGUUUAUCUUUAGUGUGAAUAUAAAGGAAGCCUUGUAAACCACGCUCAACAAUAGCAAGAGUUCUUUUGAAGUUCAUUGUUUCGGAUGUACCUGUUCUGAAAGAAAGGAACACACGUGCGCGCUGUGUCUCUUCCAAACUCUCUUUGUUUCUUGGCUCCUCCUCCUGACCACAAUGUGACAGAUUCAACUCGUCCGAGCACCACUAGCGCAGCUCUUCACUUUUUCCCACUGUCACUAUCACGCUUUGAUCGAUGUUGUGACGCACAGACAAUAUCUCGUUUUUUUCCCCGUGCCAGGCUGAUUUUACUUUCCAAUCAAAACGGAAUUGUUUUUGUUGUUGUUUUAUUAACUCUCCUGUGAGAUAUUACUUUUGUUCGAAUACUUUAAAGACAUUUAUUUAGUGUUGAACAUGGCCACACCGGCUGCGCUGCUGCCCGCGACACCGAUGGCCCACGCGCCUCCAAUGUCGAUCGCCGCAGCUGUCAACUCCUCGACCCCGGCGACCCUCUCGCCCUCACCGUCCGUCACCCCAGCCGGACCGAGCAUCUUCAGAUCGGAACUUCUCUCCUCCGCGAGCCCGGGUAUCCCCAUUGGUAGCCUCCCGCACAAACCCGUGUAUUCCACUCCUUCUCCAGUGGAAAACACCCCUCAAAACAACGAGUGUAAAAUGGUCGAGGUCCGAGGCGCAAAGCUCGCGUCUUUCACUGUCAACGGCAACGAGCUCAUCUGCCUCCCGCAGGCGUUUGACCUCUUUCUCAAGCACCUGGUCGGUGGACUGCACACUGUGUACACGAAACUCAAACGUCUGGAGAUAACGCCUGUGGUGUGCAACGUGGAGCAGGUUCGCAUCCUCCGUGGACUGGGCGCGAUUCAGCCUGGAGUCAAUCGCUGCAAACUUAUAUCGAGAAAAGACUUCGAGGUCCUGUAUAACGACUGCACCAAUGCAAGCUCCAGACCUGGCAGACCUCCUAAAAGGACCCAGAGUGUGACAUCACCCGAGAGCCCUCACGUCCUGCCCCACUCCGUCUCUGGACUCAUGUCCUCAGGAAUGAUGUCUCACACUGGCCUAACAGCUGCCACACUUGCUGAAGCCAUGAAGAAGAAGAUCAAAUUGGAGGUGAUGAAUAGUUACCAUGGCAAUAACCACGGCACAGAUUCUGAGAACGGUGACAUCACCUCCAGCAUGGGUUUGGAACUGCCAUUCAUGAUGAUGCCACAUCCCUUGAUUCCAGUCAGUCUGCCUCCUGCCUCGGUCACCAUGGCGAUGAACCAGAUGAACCAUCUCAGCACUAUUGCCAGUAUGGCAGCUGCUGCUCAGGUCCAGAGUGCCCCAUCCAGAAUGGUGACGUCAGUUAUAAAGGAGCGAGUUCCAGACAGCCCGUCACCUGUACCCUCUUUGGAUGAUGGCCGCAGGUCAGGUAGCCACUUAUCCUCCAGACAGAGCAGCAGCGUGUCCAGCUCUCCUGCCCACACAGAGAGCUCUUCCGACCGGCCACAUUUACAUCAGAAUGGUCUUUCUCUUGGCCACGCCUUGUUAGGCCUGUCUCCAAGUGCACCACCAGGACCAAAAGAGGGGGAUCUGGCAACCCAUGACACAGGGCAUGAAACAAAGAGGGUUUCUACAGAAAAAGAAGAGAAUGUCCUUUGCACCCCAACGUCCCGAGACAGCUAUGAGAGAGUGUCUCAUUCCGGACCGACAUUACCCCCAGGAUUCCCUGCUCCGCUGCUCUUUCCCGAGGGCCUGUCCUCCAUAGAAACCCUCCUCACCAACAUACAGGGUCUGUUAAAGGUGGCUAUUGAUAAUGCGCGGACACAGGAGAAGCAGGUGCAGCUGGAGCGCACAGAGCUGAAGAUGGAGCUGUACAGGGAGAGAGAACUACGUGAGACGCUGGAGAGGCAGCUCUGCGUCGAGCAGAAAAACAGAGCACUCAUCCAGAAGCGGCUGAAGAAAGAGAAGAAGACCAAGAGAAAAUUGCAGGAGGCUCUGGAGGUCGAGUCUAAGAGAAGAGACCAGGCCGAGCAGACGCUGCAGCGGACGGCCUCCAGUGAGAGAUCACCUACUCAAAACGAUACUCCUCAACAUGAAAUGGAGACAAACCAUAACAGCAUCAAAACAGACACUGACAGAACAAUACAAGAUGGAAGGCUCUUUCUGAAGUCCACAAUGAUGUACUGAAGAACGAAGACAAGGAGUAAAUGCAUUCAUACUGUAUAGAAGAGACUGUAGUCAAUUGCCUGGUAAAUAACGUCUGCAGUUCUGCUGGAGGACUGAUGGAAGACAAUGAGGCAAUUUUAUAGGCUGUUGUCAGUGUGUUACAGCUCAAGGACUUGACAAGAUUAUUAUGGCCAUCGAAAGUCAGCAUUCAGCGUGAGCCAAGCUAUCGUCAUCAGAUGGCCGAGAAGAAAAUGGUAUCACAAUGCACACCUGGUUGGAUAACCAGGGAUUUUUCGCAACACUGAGACAUUAAAAACAUUUUAUAAAGCAUUUAAAUCUGCCUGACUACAGUGACAGAUGAAAUAUUCAAAUCAGACUUUGCCAUUUAAUGCCCUUCUAUCAUUUCACAUUUUGAGUCUAUUUCAAAGCAUCAUUUCCUGAAAGGAGGUGUCUGAAGAAAGAUUUCAAUUUAUUUAGUUAUUUAUCAAAUAUAGACACUGCAUUUAAAUGCGUAUUGUGUAUCUGUCUGUUAUUUCAAAAAGAAAGUAUAGCUGUCCAGAUUUUUUUUUUGUCAUUGUUGUAAAAGGGAUCAUAGCAGAAAUGUCUCAAAAUUCAUCAAAUAUGUACAUAAAAGUGUAGACAUGCUACUGUGCAUUGUACGCUGUAGAUUUAGAAAAUCAAUACAAACGUUUUUAAUAAGAUUUCUUGUAUCUAAGUUAUUUUUUGUUCAGUUGCCGUUUAUUAUCCUACCCGACAUGGAGAGCAUGCUGGCAUGUCGUUACUUCUGUCCUGUCCAUCUGGAAUACAAUAAAGAUUUUUCCCACAUGCUUUACGAGGGAGACGUUUCAAAAACUGA